ACCUUGAAAAUAAAAUGGGAAGAACAUUUGCCUAUUUCCGUACGGAGUAAUUCGGAAGGAGGUAUUGUGUUGGUCCACCUCACAAAAAAGGUGGUGGCGCACAUUUAGAACAAGAGUACAAUUGGGACUGGGGCAAAAGGGCCGCCGCGAUGAAUAGUGGCAGUGUGUGGGAGCAUUUGCCGCUUCUGGUGAGAGCCAACUCCAAAGAGUCGGUGGAAUACAUAUUCCAAGCCCUAUGGAGGACUCGCAAGACCGGACUCGACGCCGCCGACCGCCGGAUUUUCCAGGAAAUGCUCAACCUCCCCGGCGGAGAUUCCGAUCUCGACCCUCUUUUGGUGUGCCUGCGUAUUUUGAUUCGAAGAUGUGUAUUCGAAGGUAUCAAGAAGGAUGAGAUUCAGAUGUUGUUUCCAGCCGGGGUCCUGCCUGAAUUGCAGAGAUUAUUAACACUUCUGCUCCAAAAAUUUCAAAAGGAGUGGCAAGAAGAUGUUGCGAAUGAUCGGGUAGUCUUAUGCCAGGGGAAUGACAAUACUGUAGCUUGAGACCCCCCUGUGGCUAUUUUUAUAUUGAAGCUUGAAAGUGAUGCGGCCUCUUACUCUAACAAAAAGGAUCGUAGAUCGAGUUGGGAAAAGAGUCAUAUUAUGCCCGUUUUCAGUUAACUCCGGAUUUCAGAUUAUUGUCCCCAAGGGAAUGUAAGAUUAGAGGGAUAUGACAUUUUUAUCCAAGUAAUAUGAGAUUUUUUAAGUGAUGCAUCAUAACUUUGGUUUAGCUAAUGUGAUUACAUUGCCGUAUUGCUUUGGUUUUGUUAAUAU